AGUGAGCACUUCAUGCAGGGCGUGCAGUAUCCCCUUGAGAUCCACUUCGUGCACUAUAACGCUAAGUACACAAGUCUGACGGACGCCGUCUCGAGUGGCAAGCCUCACGCUCUCCUCGUCAUUGGCCAGUUCUUCCAGAUGGACCAGGGCAUCGAGCCAGCUGCUCUUCAACAGAUGGGUAACGAGGCUAGCCGCGCGACCUCCGAAGGUGUUGUGAUGAACGUUCCAAUCAAUCUGAACAACAUGAUCAACACGGCUGACAGUUACUAUUCCUACGCGGGUUCCUUGACAACCCCAACUUGCAAUGAGAUUGUCACUUGGGUUGUGCUCCAGACUCCCCGCACGGUCUCCAAGGCCACCAUGGACAAG